AUGCUUUGUCAAAUUGUAUAUGGGCUUAAAGCAAUUCAUAAUGCAAAUUUUAUACAUCGCGAUUUUCAUAGUGGAAAUAUCAUAUUGUCAGAUCAAAAAUGUCAUAUUGGAGAUUUAGGAUUAUCACAAUCUGCAAAUAAUACUCCAUUAAAACAUAAUGAAAUUUAUGGAGUAGUUCCCUAUAUUGCGCCGGAAGUAUUUAAUGGUGCUCCAUUUUCAAAAGCUUCUGAUAUUUAUA